AACUAAUUUAUUAUUUUAGUUUUGUAUUUCACAUAAUUGAUCUCCUAAAACUGCAAAUUAUUUUCUUACAUCAAGUGACAGACAUUGCAAAACUGUCAUUCAGGCUUUUAGAAUGUGCUCUCAUUCAAAUUCAGAAUUACUGUUCAACUUACACUGACUAUGAUUAAAACACUUCCAUAUCAUGCUAAUUAUGACAGAAAAAUAUUUUCUUUCAAAAACAGUUUUAAAAAUCCACAAGAAAUACUGGCAAAAUUCUGAAUGCUCACUUAAUCCUUAUAUUCCCAUUUGUUUUGCAAACAUAUAAAAUAAACACUUGUUCUGCUUAAAACUGCUGAUGGAACUCACAUUACAGAGAUUAAAUGCAUAUUUGGUGGGUCUGCAGUUUAAAUCACGUGAUAAAACUACAAUGAGGAUAAAGCAGACAGUUUUUAAGAGUAAGAGUUCGGAGAACCGAGUUUUACAAUGACUGCUGAAGACAAGGUUUUGUCUCAGACAGGCUUCUUCAGCUCCAGGACAGGAGUAGUCACAAGAACAUUCGUCCAUUCAGAAGGGUAUCAUCACUCUCUAAUGACCACUGGAUUCAUUUUCCGUCUAUAUACCUUUGGAAUCAAAGUGAAUGCUGAAACAAACCUCACCUCAGUGCAGUUUGAGCAAUUGAGUUUACAGGAUUUUCUUUUUUCUUGGAAACCAUUUCCUUUUUGUCUGUUUUCAUUGGGUUCAUGAAUUCAUGUACCACAACACGUUCCUUUUCCACAAGAUUUUGAGCAGCCAAGGUCCUUCCUGACUAUGCUCCAUUGACAAAAUACUCAGUGCACACCACUUGCUUAUUUACCAUUGUUUUACCUCCGCAGACUGAAUCUCUAGGGUGCUCUUCCUGGGUUUCACUGCAGUUUUAGCUAUGGUGAAAUCCCAAGCUACUUCACCUUCCCGCAUUUCUUGCUCAAAUUCCAGAUGUACUUAUCUUGAAUUCAUCUAAUCUUGUUAGUCAUUGUUUCUGUAACUAGUUCUAGUAUUAUUUCCUUCAUAUCAGUUCACCUAGAGUACAGUUUGGUCUUUCCUCACUAGAAACCAGUCCAUCCUGAUAAUUUUGUCCCUUCUAGCUAGCAUGGUUUAGCCUAAAUAACCUAUAUAUCUUAUCCUGUGUAGAAUAAGACUUCCCUCCCCCUCUCCCCCCUAAUAAAGAUAUCUUUGGUGCACUUAAGUUUAUGUUUAUGCUCUGUAAUCCCACCUUCCUGAAGCACAGAGGAAUCCAAAACAGGAGAGUACGUUCCUGCUGCAGCCUCACUUAAGCACCUUGUGCAAAUGCCUCUCACUUUCCUUUCAGCAGGUUGGAGCUGAGCUCUGUUAUUACGUUGUUCCUGAGCUCUGCCUUUGUUUUCCUUUGAACUGCCUCCUACGUGCUGGCAGGCUCCCGAAACAGUUCACAGAAUGGUCUUUGCCCAGUGUUCAAACUGCAGAACAACCCUGUAUUUACUUUGUUUUGUGUAAGGAGGUUUCCUUUGUGUUCUCUUACAGCUCUGUGCACUGGAAAUGGUGCAGAAGCCUUGCAGCUUCAGCCCAGCCUGGGAGCACCAGGAAAAACUGUCUCAGGAGAUGUGGGAGGGAGGUCACUGCUACUUUGUUCUAGAUGGCUUUCUGGAUACUGUGAUCCGCAGCGGAGAUAACAUCCGAUGUGGCCGUACACGCGCUGUGAUUUCUUUCUCUCCGUUUAUGCACCGGCGCAGCCCGUCUGAGCGUGAGCGUGGAGGCCGGCUGAGGGGGAAAAGGCAGCUCUUCUGCGGGGUCUGCUCUGCACGGCGUUGGAGGGUGGCAGCUUGGUGCCUGUGAAUUUUCCUUUCUGCUCCACGGGAGCUGAGGGAGUGCUCUCUGACAAUGAUGAAAACUGAGGGCAAAGGGGAAAGGACUUUAAGAAGUGCUUCUCCACACCGAAAUGCCUACAAGUCUGAUUUCCACGCUAUCAAAUGCUCUUUUGAUGGAGUGAACAGUCCCGAAAGCGUUUCCAAUAAAACGGGCUUGCAGCAGAAGCUGAGCACCUCUUCCAAUGGAGGGGGAAAUGACCCGCAUAGUCGAGGUAGAGCUGCCACUUAUGGCAAUAGAGUUCACAAGAUCAAAAGUAUGUUUCUGCAAAUGGGAGGCUCUGCUUCCACACCCUCUUGUGAAAGUAGUCCACCUGCUGAGACCAAAUUAAUCAGCCGGGCCACAGCAGCAGAACAUGGGCCUUCUCCAGGUAGCACAUCUUUCCUCAUUAUCCAAAAGAACAAUCUUCUUAAUACAAAUACUGGCCCCAGCAGCAGUCCUGUGGAUUCGUCGUCUGUGCCUUCUACUGCUGAUAAGAUCAUUCGUAGCAACGAUGAGGCAGACUUGGACAAAGUUGCCCUGGCAGAAAAAUUUUCGGAGACCAGGAAGCUGUUUGAGAGAAAUAUAAAACAACGAAGCUCUGUGGACAGAUAUUCUCCCAGCAAAUGUGAAAGAAGUGAAGAUAAGAGGAGGCAUGGUUCAGCUUCAGAUUGUAGCAGUGUGGCAGACCACUUCAAUUUUAAUACAGAUGCGAGUCCUUCAGUCGCACUGGAUAAGGUUGAAAAUCAAGGUAGUGAGCUGAAGCAACAGCAUCCCAGUAAUGGUUCCAAAACCUCCUUCUUGAAUGCUGGGCCCAUUUCUAGGAGGCUGGAAAGCUUUCUAGGUGACAGUGAUACUGAAGAUUCCAAAGAAAUUUCCAAAAACGAUGACCUGAAUCAGGGCCCUUUGAGAAGCCACUGCAGUUUGGAUUCAUCUACUACUGCUGAAAGAAGUCCAGAGAAGAUUGCAUCCACCAAAGUGCCUGUGAUAGACAGAGGUGGGCUGAGUGAAGUAUUUGAAAAAGACAAGAGAGAGAAAGCGGUACUGGAGAGAAGCCUACAGGAUAUGAGCAGUGUAUCCAGUCAGGAGGCAAAGUGGAGAACAGAGACUAUUCUUUCCCAGGUUUCCCCUGUUGAGGAGACUUGUGUGGAGCUGUCUGUGCAAGAUGAAACCUCAGGGCAUGGAAAAGAGGCUUUGGAUAAAGGUCAUGUUGUUAAUGAGGAUCAACCACUCAAGUAUCAAAUACAAGAAGGGAAAAGGAGCAGUUAUUCCUUGGAUGUAGUAGAAGAAUUUACAGAAAGAAAUGGAACCAAUCAGGAAGAAGUGAGAGAUGGGAUGUCUGCGAAAGAUGGUCCAGUUCAGGAUGUUCUGCAGCAAGAAGGGGAUACUGAAGAAGAGGAGCAAGAAGGAGAAAAGCAGAGGGACGGCUUCUGUGCUUUUGGAAUUGAAAAUGCAGCUUUUGAUGAUUAUAGGGAUACAGAGAACCAAGACCCUGAAGACAACGAAAUUUUGGAGGAAGAGGAGGAAUAUAUGUAUGACAGUGAGUACGAGGAGUUUCCUGGACUUUCUGAAGAGGAAGAUCCUGCGCCAGACCGAAAAGUCAAGUUCUCAACAGCUCCUAUCAAGGUUUUCAGUACUUACUCAAAUGAAGAUUAUGAUAGACGUAACGAAGAAGUUGACCCUGUGGCAGCCUCAGCUGAAUAUGAACUUGAGAAAAGGGUGGAAAAAAUGGAAGUAUUUCCUGUGGAAAUUGAAAAAGGUGACAGCGGUCUGGGCAUCAGUAUUAUUGGAAUGGGAGUUGGUGCUGAUCAGGGGCUGGAAAAACUGGGCAUUUUUGUAAAAACAAUAACAGAUGGUGGAGCUGCUCAGAAAGAUGGACGAAUUCAAGUAAAUGAUCAGAUUGUGGAAGUUGAUGGCAUAAGUCUAGUGGGAGUUACUCAGUUCUUUGCAGCCACUGUACUCAAAAACACCAAAGGCACAGUGAGGUUUCUGAUUGGCAGAGAGAAGCCAGGGACUCAGAGUGAAGUAGCCCGCCUCAUUAGUGAGACUUUAGAGCAGGAGCGAUGUCUGUAUGAGCAACACUACGUUCAUGAUGAUACAGAGCAGGAUGAUGAGUAUGAUGAUGAUGAUGAUACAUAUGAAUCACAUUUACGUGAAAAAUCUGUGGAAGUUUUUGAUCUUCCUGAAAAUGAAGAUAUCAGUUUACCACUGGAUAUGGAUUCAGCACAAUCUCUUCUUAAAUUUAAAGAGCUGCAGUUAAAACAUGCAGUAACAGUAGCUGAAGUGAAUCAACUGAAGGAGAAGUUAGAAGUUGUUGAAGCAGAAAAAAAUGAAUGGAAAUUAAAUAGAGCCCAACUUCAGCAAAACUUAGAGGAAAGCAAAGAGAAAAUAAAGAAGUUGGAGACCUACUGGUUAGAAGCACAGAGUUUGUGCAAAACAGUAAACGAGCAUCUUAAAGAAACUCAAGAACAAUGUGAUGCCCUUGAAAAGAAAUACAACAAGGCCAAGAAACUGCUCAAAGAUUACCAACAAAAAGAAAUAGAGUUUAUGAAAAAAGAGGAGGAUCAUUUAAGGGUACUUGAAGAGAGAGACCAGAAAUAUGCAGAACAGCUGAAAAUGUAUCAGGAAAAGAUUUCAGAGCUUGAAAAUAAACUAAUAGUUUAUGAGAAGAUGCCAUAUAUGUUUGGAAGUGGGAGUUUAUUGGAAGACGGUUGUCAAAAUCUAAGCCAGCAUAAUGAGCAGUCAAAGAUGAGAGAAGAGAGUGAAAAAGAAACAGAAUCAGUACAGGAAAGACUAAAUUCUUCAGAGAUGUUAAUUUCUGAUUUUGAUGCUUUUGUUGGGGAUACUCCCAGAUUAGACACCAGUGCCCACAAAGCAAAAGCUCAGCUUGCUUUGAAAGUAAAACGCCAGCCACCUUCUCGAUCAAAGCUGAAAGAAUCUCUUGGGGCUGGACAACAGACUGCGAAUCUACAGGAUGAGGAUUCGGAAGAUGCUAUUCUCAGUGGAGAAGUUUCUACUCUAUGUCUAACGAAGAUCUCAGAAAUAAGUGAAAAAUUAACUCUGCCUCAUUUGGAUGACAUAGAACGAAAGAGUGAAAAGCCUGAACAAACACAAAGUACAGAAAGUCCUUUAGAGUCAAGUCCUUCUGCUUCCACACACUCUUCUCCAGUACACAAACCAAAUAGUGAAAAUAGCACAACCACCACUCAUUCACCUACUCCUGAAGAGAUGGCUCCAAAUUCUCCUCAAGGGUCUACCAAGAAUGUUAAGCAAAGAGAAGUAAAAGGGAAAGGAAAAGAGGCCAAGGAAGAGAAAAAAAAUGAAGACAAAACAGUAGAAACAAAUGAAGGAACAUCAUCAGGGAAGUCCAAAAGGCGAUUUCCAGAUUUUGGUGGAUUACGGAAAUCUGGGGGCAAGGGCAAGAAACAAGAGAAAGAAAGUGUAAGAGGUUCUCUGGAUAGCAGAGGUUCUCGAGAACUGUUGGAUGAUUCUGGCAACAAUCUGUCUGCAUCAGAUUCGGAUUCUCCUGUUCCCACUUGCAUGCCUUUCUCGUGGUUUGGAGACAGUCACAAAGAGCCUCAGGUUUCUAGUAGUAGUCUGCACUUUACACAGAGUGGACAGGACAGUUGUGAACAUGGUCAAGACAGGAACAGAAGCAAGAGUAGAAUUGUCAUAGAUGAUACAUACCAUAGCAAGCCAAGUUGUGAACUUUCAGGGUUAGUGACAGAACCAAAUCUGUCAGGUCGUUCACACACUUUAACCUUCUCUUCAAAUGAGGCGUUAGAUGAUGAAUUCACAACAACAGGGAAGCAGAAUCAGUGGCACAGUAGACCUAUCUCUGAAUGGACCACACAGCAAGUUUGCCACUGGCUAAUGGGAAUGAACAUGGAGCAGUACAUUACAGAGUUUACAGCUAUGAACAUAGAUGGACAGCAGUUAAUGCAACUCGACAGUGAUAAGUUAAAGGCUUUGGGAGUUUCCAGUCAAAAUGACCGAUCAACAAUAAAGAAAAAAAUUAAGGAUAUUAGGAAAACACAAGAAAAACUGGAAAAACAGAAGGAAAAAGUUCAGAAGAAAGAGAGAGAAGUUCGCAAGACUGCCAGAGUGGUAACCACUCUUGAAUCCAGCUGCUAAUGUGACCCUGCCUUUAAUCUUAGUUCAUACUUGUGUCAUUCUGAGGAAGUUCAGCAGAUUUGUAUAUAAUUGUACAAUUGAGGGGAGAAGGGAAAGAGCAACAGUUUAAUAUGGUAGGUUUGUUUUUUUUGUUUUUUUACUUUUUAAUUAUAGUCCCUCCCCAUUACAACCCAAUAAAAUGAAAUAUUUUCAGUAUUUCAUUCCUAGUUGACUCUGCCUGUACUAAUAGUAAUUUAACUUCCUGCCUUAAGUAAUAUUUGUGCUUCUAAGACUUCAUAUGCCCUCUUAAUUGAAGUUUCUACACAUUUGUGGAAAGUAGAAUACUAUAUUUAAAAUCAUUCCAAUAUUAGUCAACUAGCAUUUAAUAGAGUUGAAUCUGGUAGAGGGACAAUAGAAAAAUCCUGCCAACAAAUUCAGUUUGUGGCAGUCUGUUUAUCUGUUGCCACUAAAGAUGUAUAGAGAAAAGUGUUUAAAAAAAAAAAAAAAAGUAAUGUCAAAUUAAUUUAAGAAAGCAUGUAUUUCAAAUUUAUGAAGUAUUUUCUUUAAAUUCAUGUAUUUCUGGGAUGAUUCAUUCUCACACUAAGUCCACUGUAGUAGCACAUUGUUUUUGAAUUCCAUGUGUUGCAAUUUACUGAGAAAAUAACAAGAAAUAUGAAGUGGUUUUCACAAACUACAUACACUAAUCAUAAUAUUAAUUUCUCUGUACACUACCUUUAUGAUACUGGGACAAGGUUUAAACCUAUAAAUAAGAUCUUUUUUAACCUAUUUUUUCCUAAAUAAUACAAAGUUUUAUAGAUUUAUGCUACAAAUAAGAUCAAUUUGCAAUACAUGUAUUUCUCUUUUCUACUUGCUACAAGUUUUUUGCGGACCAAAUUUAUAUAUUUGCUAAUUUUAAACUUUACUGUUUUUCAAACUUAAAAUAUCAAGGGAAGAACUGUAGAAAAACUAUCACUGAAGCACUGGGUUUCUGCAUUGUAUUUAAAUAUGUUCAAUUGUAGACUACAGAUUAUUUCUCUUUAAAGGAGGAUUUGAUACGCCAUAUAGUUUAGAACAUGAAUUGGUGUUUUGUAUAUUUACAUACUGUUUUAUAGAUACUGUAACAGCACUUCUUUAAUUAGAUUAUUCCAGAAACAAAGUAUCAAUUCCACCAUAGAAUAGACUAGAACAAAACUUAUAUCAUUUGUGUAUGUGGACCAAGUUCUCCUUUAAAUCUAUGGACUGUUUUUCAUUUUAAUUAAAUGAAUGAACUUC